AUGGCGGCUGCCGGCGGGACGCCGGCGACCAUGCGCGCGGUGCAGUACAGCGGCUACGGCGCCGGCGCCGGCGCCCUCAAGCAUGUGAAAAUCCCUGUUCCUUCAGUGAAGAAACAUGAAGUUCUUAUUAAGGUCGAAGCUGCAAGCAUUAACCCUGUUGACUGGAUUAUUCAGAAAGGGAUGCUACGCCCGUUUCUUCCCAAGUUUCCAUUUAUUCCAGCAAGUGAUGUUGCCGGGGAGAUCGUUCAGGUUGGUUCUGGAGUACAUGAGCUCAAAGUCGGUGACAAAGUUUUGUGCAGACUAAAUUUUUGGAAAGGAGGCGGCCUCGCCGAGUACGUCGCGGCGCCCGAGAGCCUCACCGCCGUUCGCCCCGCCGGAGUUUCCGCCGCCGACGCCGCGGGGCUGCCCAUCGCCGGCCUCACGGCUCUCCGGGCCCUGCUCUCCAUCGGGACCAAGUUUGACGGCACAGGAACCGGCGCCAACGUGCUGGUGACCGCGGCGUCCGGCGGCGUCGGCACUUACGCCGUCCAGCUCGCCAAGCUCGGCGGCCACCACGUCACCGCCACCUGCGGCGCGCGCAACAUGGACCUCGUCCGCAGCCUCGGCGCCGACGUGGUCAUCGACUACAAGACGCCGGAGGGCGCCGCCCUGUCCACGAGCUCGCCCACCGGCGAGAAGUACGACUACAUCAUCAACACCGCCGUGACCGUCGACUGGUCGGCGAUGAAGCCGGCGCUGCGCAGCCACGGGAGGGCGGUGGACAUCACGCCCAACCCGCGGAACUACGUCGCGGCGGCGCUGACCAUGUUCGCUCGGAAGAAGAUCGCCAUGAUGGCCCUGGUGUCGCUGGGCAAGGCGGAGCUGAGGUUUCUGAUGGAGCUCGUCGGAGAAGGGAGGCUCGCGACGGUGGUCGACUCGCGGCAUCCGCUGGAGAAGGCGGCGGAGGCGUGGGAGAAGAGCAUGGGCGGCCAUGCCACCGGGAAGAUCAUCGUGGAGAUGUGAAAGCGAUGAUAGGUUCAUUUCUGGUGAAAAAGAAGCAAAACAUUCAGCAAAAUAUUGCAAACUUUUAGAACAUCAGAUGAACCAUAAGAUAUUCUGACAGUGUAUACUCUAUGUAUAAACAAGGAAUACAAGUAAAAUAUCAUCCCAAAUUGUUAUGUCGUCAAUUCUGUCUAGAAGAUUUGUUUUGAUUUUGUGUGCAUUAAUUAGAUGUGAAAAAUG